UCAAGAGCUCUAGUUACUUUAUUAUUAACACAUCAUAUUUUUUGUUAUCAACUUUGAGAGAUUCGGAUGGUGUGACGAGCCGUUCUUACUGUGAUAUCGAUCCGAAUUGUGUCGAAAUCAUCGCGGAGUCACCAAAGACAAGAAUCAACCGCAGGAGCAUAUUCCAGACGUUUACAGGAUUUACUGCGUUUGCGUUUAAUUCGGACCGGACCUCGUCUAAAAGUGGAUAUUACAGUUAUUUCACUUUUAAGUAUCACUGUUUUUGGGGGGGGAGAGACGGAGGCGGAUACGAACUUGGCCGUUUUCAUCUCCAUCAGCUCUCGUAUCCGCUCGGAAACUGCUGUUUAUUAUCACGGAAGAUGAAAAGCUUGAUAUUCGAAGUGCUUUGUUUUGUGUCCAUCCUCAUCUCCAUCCGCUGCACACCGGCACCGGACACCGAAUCCCCGAGCUGCGCGUCCUGCGGGCUCAGACAGACGGAUGGAGCCACACGGGUGGACGUGGAUUUGCUGGAGGCGGUGAAGAGACACAUUCUGAGCCGGUUACAGAUGCGGGACAGACCCAACAUCACCCACCCCAUCCCGAAGGCGGCGAUGGUGACCGCGCUCAAGAAGCUCCACGCCGGGAAGGUGCGUGAGGACGGGAGGGUGGAGAUCCCAAACCUGGAUGGCCACGCCGCGAUGCGGGUGACCUCAGGACACGGAGCUCUGGAAGACGUCCAGGAUCUUCUUGAGGAUCUCGUUUUCUUUAAGAAUGGUGCUGCCCUGCGCUGGCAGAGGCCAAACGAGUCGCCGACCUCCAAAACCAGCCUGUUUUUCAUGAUCUCCAACGAGGGCAACCAGAACCUAUACGUGUCCCAGGCCAGCCUGUGGUUGUACUUCAAGCUUCUGCCUAAUGUUUUGGAGAAAGGUUCGAGGAGGAAGGUCACAGUGAAGGUUUACUCGCAGGAACCGGGACUCGGGAGCAAGUGGAACUUGGUGGAGAAGCGUGUGGAUCUCAAACGCAGCGGAUGGCACACUUUUCCGUUGACGGACACCGUGCAAAUGGUUUUCGCCAAAGGCGAUCGCCGGCAGAACCUGGACGUACGGUGCGAAGUGUGUGAAAAGAUGGGCAUCGUGCCUGUUUUGGUGAACACUGCCGACGAAUCCCACCAUCCUUUCAUUGUGGUCCAAGCGCGAGCGGCCAACAACAAACACCGCAUCCGCAAACGAGGCCUUGAAUGCGACGGCAGCAGCAGCUUGUGUUGCCGCCAACAGUUUUACAUCGACUUCCGCCUCAUCGGCUGGAAUGACUGGAUCAUCGCCCCGUCAGGGUACUUUGGGAAUUAUUGCGAAGGGAACUGUCCGGCGUACAUGGCCGGGGUUCCCGGAUCGGCUUCGUCUUUCCACACGGCCGUCGUGAACCAAUACCGCAUGCGAGGAAUGAGUCCAGGAUCCAUGAACUCCUGCUGCAUCCCAACCAAACUCAGCACCAUGUCCAUGCUGUACUUCGACGACGAAUACAACAUCGUGAAACGGGACGUGCACAACAUGAUUGUCGAGGAGUGCGGCUGCGCUUGAGACUUCCAAAAUAUCAUAGUAAGAAACUAAUAUUUAAGACUUAUCCGUGCUCACAAAUCCACACGCACACCCCAGCUCUUCCAC